AGCAUCUCAUCCUCCCACCACCGCUAGCGCUGCACGGAACCCCGAGCUUUCCAGCGAUCGAGAAACAAGCUAGGCACAGCACCGCACCGCCACUAGUAGAAACCAGCGGCCCGGUAAGCCACGGCGACCUGCUCCUGGCUCCUCCCCACACACGAGCGGAUAGGCUAUAUCCCAUCGAUCGAUCAAGCGAGACAAUCCCGUGCCACCUAGUAAUAACUAGCGACAUGGCUUUCGCGAUCAAGGCUGCGUCGACCUCCCACUUGACUUUUUUCCCGGCGGUUCAUCGGCCGUCGUCGUCGCUCACGACACCGGCAGCGUCGGUGACGAAGAUACCGGCCGGGCGGAAGAAGUCUGCGGCGGUCACCAGGGCGGUCGCCGCGGUGGCUCCGCCGCCUGCCCCGGCGCCGGCCAGGCCUGCGGGCAAGCGGUGCCUGUCGGUGUCGCAGACCAUGUCCAGGCUAAAGGCGCAGGGCAAGACGGCGUUCAUCCCGUAUAUCACCGCCGGCGACCCCGACCUGGCCACGACGGCAGAGGCGCUGCGCCUCCUGGACGCCUGCGGCGCCGACGUCAUCGAGCUCGGCAUGCCCUUCUCCGAUCCCUACGCCGACGGGCCCGUCAUCCAGGCCUCGGCAGCGCGGGCGCUGGCGAGCGGCACGACGACGGAUGGCUUGCUAGCGAUGCUCAAGGAGGUGACGCCGGAGCUAUCGUGCCCGGUGGUGCUCUUCUCCUACUUCAACCCCAUCGUCCGGUGGGGGCUGGCUGACUUCGCCGCCGCCGCCAAAGAUGCCGGUGUAGAAGGUCUCAUAAUCCCCGACCUCCCUUAUGCUGCCACGUGUACCCUCAGGAGUGAAGCCAUGAAAAACAAACUAGAGCUGGUGCUACUCACAACACCAGCUACACCGGAAGAGAGGAUGAAGGAAAUCACAAGAGCUUCAGAAGGUUUUAUUUACCUUGUAAGCGUCAAUGGCGUCACAGGCCCCCGCGCAAAUGUGAGCACACGUGUCGAAUCACUCAUUCAAGAGGUUAAAAAGGUCACUAACAAACCUGUGGCGGUUGGAUUUGGCAUAUCGAAACCUGAGCACGUAAAGCAAAUUGCAAAGUGGGGUGCAGAUGGAGUGAUCAUUGGUAGUGCAAUGGUGAAACAGUUAGGCGAAGCAGCAUCUCCCAAAGAAGGGCUACAACGGCUAGAGGAUUACGCUAGGAGCAUGAAGAACGCAUUGCCAUGAAAUAUAGAUGUAUACAGGAGUGCUACAGGACCAGCAAUUAAGUUGCUAUGUAAUAAAGCUUUAGUGAUCAGUAAACUCAAGGGAAGCU